AUUUUCUUUUAUGGGAAGAAGGGAAUGCUUGACGGUGAUACAGUUUACUACCGUCACAACAGGUUACAAUCAAAUAUUUUUUAUAUUUCCUGGUCUGUUGUCUCAUUGACUGGAUAGGGCACCUUGACAUUGUUGCCUACAAUGCUCUGUCAUUUAAGUAAAAUCUAAAGGAAAGAAGGUAUUAGGUAGCGCCAAAAAAAUGAAUGUAACAAGAUAAAGCAGAUAGUACAACCGUAGAUAAAAACUGAAAUAUCUUCAUAUAAAACAACUAAAACAUAUAUAUGCAAUAUGGUAAGUACUUACAUAUAUCAGUACAUAAAAAGAGAGAAAGAAAAACAGUCCUAAAAUAAGCAGGGAAUGGUCACAUCCACUUGAGGAAGGGAAAUAGUCCAAAUGGAUUUGGAGGAAUGAGUGUAACGUCUUGUUCCGGAUGCCAAUAUGCCAAAGAGAACAAAGAAAAAACCCAAUAGUGUAGACUGUAUCUUCCGCUUCUUUAUGAGGAUUCAAAGUGAAAAGGUAUCACACUCACCUAUAUUGGAGCUUGAACUAGCUCAGGUGUACUUCACAUUCAGUGGUAUUGGUCCCCCACUGGUGGGAUAUAGACGUAUGCACGUAACGGAGAGUAAAAUGUCUUGUAUCACAUAAACAAUAACAUUAAUGUUUAUUGGAACCAAUGAAUUCUAGAAGAUUAUAAAAUAUGGCUUCAUAUUUGUGGUGUUUCCUACCAAUACACAAUGUAACUUUUGGCCAAUCAUUAGACAAACUAUAAUAAGCUAAACUAUAAUAACCUUUGCUAUAAAUUAAUUAUUUUGUGUAGCAGGUUCAAAUUUAGUGAUCUGUGUUAAAGGAACACUAUAGUCACCCAGUUCCCUUGAAAUCACUAUGAAAUGAUCUGGGUGUAUGUCCCUGUCCUCUUAACCCUGCAAUCUGAAACAUUGAGGUUUUUGAAAAACAGGAAAAUUUAAGCUCCUCUCUAGUGGCUGUCAGUAUGAAUCGGUCAUGUGAUGCAUGAACCCCACAGAAAAACAUUGCUUCAAUAGUUUCCUAUGAUAAUGGCUGAAUGUGUGCACAACAUUUAGGAGCAUUGGAUUGUAUAAUAAUGUUAUGCUGCUGGGUGAGGAGAGGUAAUGCCGAAUCGGUUUGACCUUAUACCACUAGGGACAGGAACACUAUAUUGCUAGGAAUACAACUUUGUAUUCCAAAUGUUAUAGUGUUACUUUAUAUGUAUUUUGCAAGCUCUAAAUUUUGAAAUACUAAAGCCCUUUUUAUAAUAUUUGACCUAUAACUGCUGAAGGUUGGAUUAAAUCCCAUAAAAAACUGUGAGUUAUUCCAAAACUCAGAACUAAUAUAUGAAAAUAUUUAAAGGUAUCAUUCUUCAUGUGCACUAAUUACAAAUGUACAAAUUAUUAUUAGCAUAAUCUGUGUGUGUGUGUGUGUGUGUGUGUCAGUUGUCAAGGAGCUUGUUCAUGUUCUGGUAAUCUCUUGCAUGGAUUACUGUAAUUCUUUCCUGGUUGGUCUCCACAGAAGCCGAGCACCCCGCUAUAUUCUGUAAUGAAUGCUCCUGCCAGGCUGAUUUUUCUCACCUGUAGCUCCUCUCCCACCUUGCCCCUCUGUCCAUUCUUAAAUUGGCUUACUGUAUGCUAUAGAUGUCAAUUCAAAAUACUAACCCUUACCUAUAAAUCUAUAAACAACUCUAGCUCUAUUAACUGAUUCAUAGAUAUGCCCCUUCCCGUUCUCUCCGCUCUGCCAGUGACCUUCUCCUGUCUGCUGCUCACAAACUUACUGCUAACUUGCAGGACUUCUCGUGAACAGCUCCCUUCCUUUGGAACAGCCUGCCUAACCCCAUCAGACUCUCCCUUAGUCUUCAAUUAUAUAAGAAGUCCCUCAAAACACAUCUGUUCAGGAAUGCGUAUGGACUUCCAGAGUAACUUAUCUAUACUUGUCCAUAUCUGUCUCUUGGUCUCCUAAAGAGCCACACUCCACUCUCACCUCAAGUUCUGCUACUUUUCCACCUUGUUUGUUGCCUCUCACCCUUGCUACCCAGUUGUGUUUUUGUUCCCCAACUCCUCUACAGUGUAAGCUUGAGCAGGGCCCUCAUCUACUUAUUGUUCCUAUGUCAUUGUGUAAUUGUUUAAUUUACUGUAAAUUUCAUAAUAUUGUAAAGCGCUGCGGAAUUAGUUGGCGCUGUAUAAAUACUAAUAAUAAUCUAUGUAUUUAUGUGUGUAUUAUGUUGUGUGUGUGUAUAUGUGUUAUAAGUGUGUAUAUAUGUUAUCUGUAUAUGUAAAUUUGUAAGUGUGUGUACAUGUAUGCAUCUGUUCGUGUAUGUCUGCAUCUGUGUGUCAGUGUUUGUGAGUGUACUUUUGUGUGUAUUUGUAUGUGUAUGAGUCAGUGUGAGUCAGUGUUUAUCUAUGUAUGCAUCUGUCUGUGUCAGUGUGUGUAUCUAUGUGGGGCAGUGUAUGUGCCUAUGUGCGUACAUACCAGCAAUCAAACGCCAAACACACAGCUGCAUUCAAAUGCCAACAUUACACACAAUGGCCAUGCUUGCACUAGAGAAGGCCAAAAAAAAAAAAUUCUUGCACCAGAGCCCUCUCUUUAUUAGUUCUGCCACCUUUGGCAAUGGUAAUUGUAUAUAUUGCCCCGCUCAUGGGUGAAUCAACAACAGUCUAGUUAUAUUAGUGCAUGUAAUGUAUAAUACCAGGCGCUAAAGAAUACAAGGUGCAGCUCGUAACACUGUGGAAUAAAUUACAAAAAAAUUCCACUAUUACAAUGAAUACAACAAAUAGGAGUGAACAGUGCAAUCACCGCACAGCAGUAUAUUAUAGCAGUAUAUAAUAUUGUGACAGAACCAUCUGUCUGCUGGAUUUUUGCCCGUUCGUCUGUUUGUCCCCGUUCGUAUGAAUGGCUGGUUUCUAUAGCCCAGCCAUUCGAAUGACUCUUUUCCCCGAACAAAACCGCCGAACGAACGGCCACCCAAGUGAGGAGUGUGCUGCAGGUUAACGAAGUGAUCACCAUUAUAACGUUGUGGUUAACCGCAGACACUUCUCAAUUAAACCGAACUCAGGGUGGUCGUCGUUCGUAUGUCGACCACGAGGCAGCGGCCAUUUUAAAUCAUGCGAACGCCCAGCGGUGUUUGGCUCUAUUUCUAUGGAACUGAAAACGGACACUUUUUCUGCCGAACACCGCUGAAACAAGGGAACGCCUGGCUGCCUCCACGAAAGCAUGCGAACACCAGCCGUUCAGGAGAUUGAGAACAUACGAAAGACUUAACCCAGAUAGCCCUCCCAUGGAGUCAUUCGUAUACCGAAAGACUGUAAGAACUUUGACUCCAUGGCGAUUGAACUAUGUGUGUGGGAUCUGAGCGCUAUUCGCUAAUAAUAUGCACUCAGAUCCAGGCUAUCUGGGGACAUGUAAUACGAAUGGGAAAUGUUCAGUUUUCAUGUAGUUAUGCAUUUUUAUGUCUUUUAUUAUUUUAUGUUUAAAAUGGCGACUGUCCUUGUCCUGGAGUUAAUUGAGUUACUUGGUAAUUAACUCCAGGACAGAGGGGAGGGAAUCAGAAUGCACUGUGGGUAAGAGAUGUGACUGUGUGUCAGAAAUGUCCUUCUAUCUGUCUGUAAUUUAAGUCUUCCAUCUGGUCCCCUAGGGGAGUGUCCACCAGGUGGGAGACCUGCAUAAAUACGGGCAGGUAGCCCACAGUAAAACCAGAUCUUAUUUGACCCUCAAUGCGGAGCUUCUGUCUCGUUAUUGGGGGGAUUUCUUCUUCACGGUUAGAGACUGCUGGAUGGAACGAAAGCCGCUUUGGGGAUAUUAGUGUUCGACGGUUCCUAGCAGUUCGUAUAUUGCCGUUCGGGAGUUUGGAGCCGUUCGUGGAUUUCGAUCGGGAGAUUGUCGCUUCCCCUGCAUUUCGUUCGUGGAUUAUAGAGUAAGCGAACAGAGACGGUACUGCAGCCGGGGAAGGUUUACUAAACGGCGGUUUGACUUAAAGACACGGGAGGUGUCUUAACAAUUGGUGGCAAGCGACGGGAUGAAUCCUGCAGCAUUGGAGGUCAGCUACGAGACAUGCAGUACGAGGAAUUAAGGCGUGCUACACUUAAGGACAUAUUGGAACACCGAGGAAGGUCAGCAAGCAAUUUAAAGAAACGGGAGAUUAUUGCUUUGCUAAUGGAGAUGGAUGCAGCAACGGGAAUGGAAAGAGUCAACGUGCCCAGUACCUUGGAUUUAACACCCGAGGAAAUACAAUUCAACCGGGCAGUACAAAUAAGGCUGGCACAUUUUGGCCCCAACCCCCCAGCUGACAUCGUGGUUCGUGUGCAGGCAGCAGUUGCAGCACAACAGGCAGCCCGGGAAAGAGGAGCUGCAGCAGCAGAGGUACCGUAUGACAAUAAUGUGGUUGCUAGAAAGAAGGUACCUUUUGCUGCGUUUAAAAAUUUUGUGGAAACAGAGGGAGAGAUUGAUGGAUUUUUGGCAGACUUUGAGAGGCAGUGUGCGCUACAUCAGGUACCUGCAGAUGAAUGGGUCACCAUCCUCUCUGGGAAAUUAUCUGGCCGGGCUAGUGAAGCUUUUCGGGCCAUCCCAGAGGAGGAGAUCACCAGCUACCGGGCUGUGAAAGAGGCGCUCCUAGCCAGGUAUGCAGUGACCCCAGAGGCGUACAGGCGGAGGUUUAGAGAAACCAACAAGCUGGUUGGGGACUCUUAUGUGGAAUGGGCCUGCAGAGUCCAUCGUACCGCAGCCCACUGGAUGGCUGGAUGCCAAGCGGUAACUGGGGAAGAGGUGUUACAAGUGUUCCUGCUGGAGCACUGCUUUGAUAGACUACCUGCUGGGGUCCGGGAAUGGGUCAGAGACAGAAAACCCUCUACCCUACCCGAGGCUGCCCGUCUGGCAGACGAAUACACAGAUGCCCGCAAGUUGGAUGGUACAGCUGCUAAAGCCCCUGCCAGACUGGAGUAUCGACCAGCAGUAACACCCGCUCCUGCAGUCUACCAACCCCCAGUACACCGUACCCCAGCCGCACCACCAGCUAACAAUUAUAUGCAACCAGCCCGAUUUAAUGCCCGGGAGUACUCCCAACCCAUCCGGUGCUAUGGGUGCAAGCAGUUGGGACACAAGAGUCCUGAGUGCGCACUGAACAGUGCCAACCAGGCUCAGUCCUGGAGGAGACCAGUUAAUGGAAACCAGCGCCCACCUCAGCCUGCUGCUCACUGCCUAGAGCAGGAGGAAUUUUGGGGCAUUCUACACGAGGCAGACCCAGUGCAAGCAGCUCACCAGGAUAAUCGCCAGCAACAUCGGCAAACUGUGAAACUGAAUGGCAGAGUGGUGAAUGGGCUGAGGGACACAGGAGCCACGAUGACACUGCUCCAAAAGAACCUGGUCUCAGAACAUCAGCACACUGGAGACACUGUGGCAGUAAGGGUAGCAGGGGGUGCCGUGUUUCGCUUACCUGUUGCCCGAGUACAUUUGGAUUGGGGAGUGGGCGCUAGGCAUGUGGAUGUGGGGGUGAUGAAGGACUUGCCCGCCGAUGUUCUUUUGGGAAACGAUUUGGCCCCUUUGGUUUCAGCCUAUGCUCCGAUGGGCCCUGCAGACGUGAACCCAGUGACCACCCGUGCCCAGACCCGUGCCGCCGGAACCAGCCCACUUGCUGACGAGACCCAGGUAAGAUCUCCUUCCCCGACUGGUACCCCAGAUCAGGUUCCCUUAAGCUGGGAUUCCCCAGAGGAGUUUGGGAGGGAAACCCGGGCAGAUCCAACCCUCCAAAGAUACAAGGACAGGGCAGAUGCUGGAGAGGAAGGAAUAGAUGGGGAACGGUAUGAGUGGGUGGGGGACAGGUUGUAUAGGAUCCCUAAACCUUCCCAGAAGAGUGUUGCCACUCCGCCGAAUCGCCAGUUAGUGGUACCUGCAAAGUACCGGCAGGAGAUUCUGCGGAUAGGGCAUGAUGUUCCUUUAGCUGGACAUCUAGGGUCCCGCCGCACAGCCUAUAGGAUUUCACAGAACUUCUUCUGGCCAAACUUUAACCAGGCUGUGCGGAUGUACUGCAGCACGUGUGACACAUGUCAACGGGUAGGAAAGCGGGGGGACCACCCUAAGGCUAGGCUAUUAUCGAUGCCUAUUAUAGGGGAGCCCUUUGCCCGCAUAGCCGUUGACAUUGUGGGUCCACUGGCCAGGGCUAGUCCAUCCGGUAAGAAGUAUGUUCUUACCGUGGUGGACUAUGCCACCCGCUAUCCAGAGGCAGUAGCGCUGUCUAACAUAGAGGCAGAGACGGUUGCUGAUGCCCUGGUUAGAAUUUUUACUAGGGUCGGGUUCCCUAAGGAGAUCCUCUCCGACCAGGGAACCCAAUUCACCGCUGUGCUCACCCAGCAACUGUGGAAGGUGUGCGGCAUUAAGCCGUUACUUAGCUCACCCUACCACCCACAGACUAACGGUCUCUGCGAGCGCUUUAACGGUACCCUCAAACAGAUGCUGAGGACCUUUACAGACACUUGCAGAGACUGGGAGAGAUUCCUGCCUCAUCUAUUAUUUUCUUAUAGAGAGGUGCCCCAGGAAUCUACUGGGUUCUCCCCCUUUGAGCUGCUGUAUGGGAGAAGGGUCCGCGGACCCCUAGAUCUCAUUAGAGGCCACUGGGAGGGGGAGACGGAGCAGGAAGGGAUCCCCAUAGUACCAUAUGUUUUGGAACUCCGGGACCGCAUGGAGAAACUGUCCCUGAUGGUAAGGGAGAAUCUCCAGGCGGCCCAGGGGAGACAGAAGAGAUGGUACGAUCAGGGUGCCCGACAGCGGGUCUUCCAGGUUGGGCAAAAGGUAUUGGUGCUUAAACCUGUGAAGGCCAACAAGAUGCAAGCAUCUUGGCAGGGCCCGUACAAGGUAGUGGCGCAGAUCUGCGACACUACUUACUUGAUAGCCAGCUGUGCAGAUGAGAGGAUCCAGCGGUCCUUUCAUGUGAACAUGCUGAAAGAGUACCAGGAGAGACCUGAGAAUAUUGCAGCAGUAUGUGCCCCAGCUGCAGAUGAUUCUGAGAACUUACCCCUUCCAGAUCUAUUAGAAAGGGAUUCCCAGACUGACCUUACUACCCUUGUACAGCUAGGGGACCGGUUGAACCCCACAGAAAGGGUACAGGCGCAGCAGUUGUUAUGGGAGAAGCAGGCGACGUUCUCCCAGGAACCAGGUUAUACCACCCUAGCUGUGCAUAAGGUAGAGACCCCUGGACAGACCCCGUUACGACAGCCUCCCUACCGUAUCCCUGAAGCAGUCCGUGAAGGAGAUACAGGAGAUGACCCAACUUGGGGUUAUCGAGCACUCCGACAGCCCUUGGGCCUCGCCUGUAGUCCUGGUGCCAAAGAAAGAUGGGACCACCCGGUUCUGUGUGGACUACAGGCGACUCAACGAGCGGACCACCACUGACGCCUACCCAAUGCCCCGGGUAGACGAAUUACUAGAUCGUAUUGCCAGGGGGCGAUAUCUGACCACCAUAGACCUGUGUAAGGGCUACUGGCAGAUCCCCCUGGCCGAGGAUGCUAUCCCCAAGUCGGCAUUUGUCACCCCAUUUGGCCUGUACCAAUUUAAGGUCAUGCCUUUUGGGAUGAAAAAUGCACCGGCUACCUUCCAACGGAUGGUGGAUAGACUCCUGGAUGGCUUCCAAGAAUUUGCCUGUGCAUACUUGGACGACAUUACGAUCUACAGUGGGUCCUGGGAGGAACACCUGGUACAUGUAGGGGUAGUGCUGGAUAAGAUUAGGGCCGCUGGCCUGACAUUGAAGCCAGAAAAGUGUCAUCUAGGUAUGGCUGAAGUACAGUACCUGGGUCACAGAGUGGGGUGUGGGAGCCAGAGACCGGAGCCAGCCAAGGUAGAGGCAGUGGCUAACUGGCCCACACCUACUACUAAGACCCAGGUAUUGGCCUUCUUGGGGACGGCAGGGUACUACAGACGCUUUGUCCCUGACUACAGCGCUAUCGCUAGGCCCCUGACAGAUCUGACCAAGAAAAACUUGCCUAAGCAGGUCCUGUGGUCUCCGGCUUGUGAAGCUGCGUUCCAGGCACUGAAGCAGGCUCUUGUGAAUGCCCCUGUCUUGGCUGCUCCAGUCCCUAACAAACGUUUUCUCGAACACACAGAUGCUUCCAUGUAUGGACUGGGGGCUGUGCUGAGCCAAGUCGGGGAAGAUGGAGGAGAGCACCCUGUCGCAUAUCUCAGCAGAAAGUUAUUACCCAGAGAAGUGAGUUAUGCGGCAGUGGAGAAGGAGUGUUUGGCUUUGGUCUGGGCAUUGAAAAAGUUAAGUCCCUACUUGUAUGGGCAAGAGUUUUCCCUUGUGACUGAUCACAACCCACUCGUUUGGCUUAACCGGGUCUCAGGAGACAAUGGGAGACUGCUGAGAUGGAGCUUGGCACUACAGCCCUACAAUUUUACCAUCAGCUACAGACCCGGUAAGCUAAGCGGAAACGCAGAUGGGUUGUCACGACAAACAGACGUUUCCAUCACCUCGUAGUCCGGUCAUCCCCAAGUUGACCCGCCACAGGGUCAAGCCGGGUCUGCCGGAGUGUCCCACAAGGAGGGAGCCGUGUGACAGAACCAUCUGUCUGCUGGAUUUUUGCCCGUUUGUCUGUUUGUCCCCGUUCGUAUGAAUGGCUGGUUUCUAUAGCCCAGCCAUUCGAAUUACUCUUUUCCCGAACAAAUCUGCCGAACGAACGGCCACCCAAGUGAGGAGUGUGCUGCAGGUUAACGAAGUGAUCACCAUUAUAACGUUGUGGUUAACCGCAGACACUUCUCAAUUAAACCGAACUCAGGGUGGUCGUCGUUCGUAUGUCGACCACGAGGCAGCGGCCAUUUUAAAUCAUGCGAACGCUCAGCGGUGUUUGGCUCUAUUUCUAUGGAACUGAAAACGGACACUUUUUCUGCCGAACACCGCUGAAACAAGGGAACGCCUGGCUGCCUCCACGAAAGCAUGCGAACACCGGCCGUUCGGGAGAUUGAGAACAUACGAAAGACUUAACCCAGAUAGCCCUCCCAUGGAGUCAUUCGUAUACCGAAAGACUGUAAGAACUUUGACUCCAUGGCGAUUGAACUAUGUGUGUGGGAUCUGAGCGCUAUUCGCUAAUAAUAUGCACUCAGAUCCAGGCUAUCUGGGGACAUGUAAUACGAAUGGGAAAUGUUCAGUUUUCAUGUAGUUAUGCAUUUUUAUGUCUUUUAUUAUUUUAUGUUUAAAAUGGCGACUGUCCUUGUCCUGGAGUUAAUUGAGUUACCUGGUAAUUAACUCCAGGACAGAGGGGAGGGAAUCAGAAUGCACUGUGGGUAAGAGAUGUGACUGUGUGUCAGAAAUGUCCUUCUAUCUGUCUGUAAUUUAAGUCUUCCAUCUGGUCCCCUAGGGGAGUGUCCACCAGGUGGGAGACCUGCAUAAAUACGGGCAGGUAGCCCACAGUAAAACCAGAUCUUAUUUGACCCUCAAUGUGGAGCUUCUAUAUCUCGUUAUUGGGGGGAUUUCUUCUUCAUGGUUAGAGACUGCUGGAUGGAACGAAAGCCGCUUUGGGGAUAUUAGUGUUCGACGGUUCCUAGCAGUUCGUAUAUUGCCGUUCGGGAGUUUGGAGCCGUUCGUGGAUUUCGAUCGGGAGAUUGUCGCUUCCCCUGCAUUUCGUUUGUGGAUUAUAGAGUAAGCGAACAGAGACGGUACUGCAGCCGGGGAAGGUUUACUAAACGGCGGUUUGACUUAAAGACACGGGAGGUGUCUUAACAAAUAUAUUGCACACAUUGGUUGUAUAUACUGCUGUGUGGUGAUGGCGCUGUUCGCUACCUAUCUGUUCUAGUUAAAUUAGUAUCUAGCCAUUUUAUUCCUACAUAAAGCACUCGAGAUGAUGUCAUCAUGUAUAACAAGCUUUAGUCACACCUGCAAAUAAUUCAAUGCUAUUUAUUUGUGACGCAGAUAUAAUGUAUUUCUGCAUGUGGAGAAAACAAAAAGUCAGCAAAAAUGGGAUUUGAAAAAAGUAAAGGAAAAUGCUUCAUUAUUUUAUCCUUUAAAAUGAGAAAAGCUUUUAAGGAAGCUAGAUUAAUGGCUGCAAUUUAAGGAUUGUGUAAUGUUCUGAUAAAGAAUGUUGUGCUGGAAUUCUUAUUGGAUAGUAUUUUGCUUAUUCACAAUCAAACGGUCUUAGACUAUAUAAAGAGAGAUGGACCAUUCUUAUUACAUACACAGCAGUGUUCGACUCCAGUCUGUUGGCAGAAUCUAUUACCAUGUCGGGGGAAAUAGUAGGCCUGCAAAACAUUGGUCCACGUACAGAUCACAAUGGUGAGUAAUAUUGUGAAUGGAUAUUCAGACAUGCAUCGCUGUCAAAGACCUGUAAACAUGUAUUGCCUUUCUAGUGCUGAGAUAAAAGUGAUUUAAUGGGGCAUUCCUGACAUUGUCUAUCAAAAACUUGCAUAAUAUUAAGUAGAAAAUAAUUUAAAAAAACUAUUUCCUCCUAAACUAUGUGAUCGGCAAGAUUUAUAAAAUCAGAAAAAAAUUGAUGCUUGCUAUAUUUUCUAUUUUAUUGUCGAGCUUUUUCCCAAACUCAGCUGUUUAUGGCAAAGUGAGGGAUUCUGGGAGCUAUAUUUCACAGCUUUUCACAGCUGGCUUUUUGUUGUACAUAUGUUUUUCAUAUACAUAUAUAUAUAUAUAUUUUUAUUUUUUUUAAGAUAGGAAGGGUACUAAUGUACAAAUGUUGGGAAGAAGCACAAAGGAAGGGCUGAAAGAGCAUAGUAAUUAUCUCGAACACUAUUUAAAAAAAAAAAAAAAAGAAGAUAGCAGGAAAAAACAUAUCCAGCAUUUUGGUUAACCAAACUACUUAUUGAUAUUGUUGCCAGGAAUGCUAUAUUACAAGGUUACUCCAAACUAUUUAUUAUCAUAGAUAUAUAUUAUUUUUAUGCUCUAGGGGGCACUAAUAGAGUUCCAUCCCUCUUUCCUUUAACCCCUUAGUGACCAGACCACUUUUCAAUUUUCUUACUAUUUGGGACCAAGGUUGUUUUUACAUUGUGUUUAGCUGUAAUUUUCCUCUUACUCAUUUACUGUACCAACACAUAUUACAUACCAUUUCUCUCGACAUUAAUUGGUCUUUUUAAAGAUACCAUUAUUUUCAUCAUAUAAUUUACUAUAAAAAAAUUAUAAAAUAUGAUGAAAAAAUGUAAAAAAAACACAUUUUCUAAUUUUGACUCCCAAAACCUGUUACACAUCUACAACUGCCAAAAAAUACCUGUGCUAAAUAGUUUCUAAAUUUUGGCCUGAGUUUAGAAAUACCCAAUGUUAACAUGUAAAUGUCCUUAUCAUCUCCUGUAUUGCAUACCAUGUACACCAGUAAAAUAUUAACUGAUUUCUUGGAUGGAGUCAUGUAAAAAGGUUUACAGCGGUGUAAGCUUAAUAAUUUCAUGUGACACUUAAUUACCCUACUGGUCAGAGUAAUAGUAAAGGAACAUCUUUUAUGCAAUAUUAUGAAAUCACCGGUAAUGUACAAAUAAUGGCACAAACUAACAAAGUCUAUUGUUUUUUUUUAUCAGAUCUUGGAAAACAAAAAUGUCAGGAUGGUCAAGGCUACAAAGAUGGUCAAUGUCAAAGUAAUUUUGGUAGAAGUCAUGAUGAAAGACAAGGAAGUCAAGGUCAUGAUGGCAGAGGCCAUGAUGAAGGACAUGGAAAUCAAGGUCGUGAUGGUAGAGGUCAUGAAGAAAGAGAAGGAAGUCAAAGUCAUGAUGGAAGAGGCCAUGCGGAAGGACAUGGAAAUCAAGGUCGUGUUGGUAGAGGUCAUGAUGAUAGGCCAGGAAGUGAUGGUCGUGGUGAUAGAGACCAUGAUCAACAAUAUGGAAAUCAAGGUCAGACUGGUAGAGGCCAUGAUGAUAGACAAGGCAGUGAAGGACACGAUGGUAGAGGCCAUGACAAAGAACAUGAAAAUCAAGGUCAUGCUGGUAGAGGACAUGGUGAUGAAGAGCAUGGUGAUGGACAUAAAGAUAGGAUAUAAGUGUGAAGACUCCAAAAAAUGAAUGUAUUUUGAUGGAAUUUUAAUAUUCACCUCUACAAGCUCUAAUGUAGCAUUCAAAUUGAAAACUAUUGCUUUACAAAUCUGUCUGUGAUGUAUGGGAUGAUGGUAAUAAAUACUCAGAACUUUAUUUCAAAAACAAAAAAAGCAACUUACUUUAAUACUAUAUAUAUUCUAAACAUUUCUCCACAUAGUUAUGUAUUUCACACACACUGAAAUUGUGAUGCAAAUAAACAUGAAAUAUAAAGUUCUCAUUAUAUGCAGUCAUAAAAAAGUUUCACUCUCACAUAAGUACUGAAAAACCAGUGAUGCAUGUCAAGCAAUAUGUAGCUAUCAAAAGCUAUUAAUCAGACUUGAUUUCUUACUUCCAGUGGAGCAUAAUCAUAUGUAAUAGGCUAGACCAUUGGGGUAUAAGAGGCAAACAAGCCAGAUGACAUGGCUCACAUGACCAAGUUAGGGUCACAGUUAGGGAAAUGUGACCAUUAGGAGUUAGGUUCAAGGAGGAUUGUAGAUUGGAAUUUAAGGAUUUUGUUUUGCACUUUUUUGCCAAUAUUUAAUUUUAUUUCUUGUCAAAACAUUUUAUUGAAGAUUUUAAAUAUUGUAAAAAAUGUAACAGUCAGUGCUCAUCAUUAAACCUCUCCUCCCAUAAACACACACAAACAAAAGCCCCAAGCAACCCUAUACUAAAUCCCUUAACUCCACCACACUAAAUAUCUUAUUUCCUGUCACACACUACAUCCCCUGUCCCCACUACACUAAAUUUCCUGCCCCCACUUACACUACAGCCGCUUUCUCCCAUAUAACCCUUAUUUUAACUUCACAAACAUAACAGCCUCUGUCCCCUACACGACAGUCCCUAUCCUUCUACAUCACAACCCCUAAUUUCAUCACAAACACACACCUCAAUUUUAACCCCCCCAAACAUGGAGUGGAGAAAAGAUAGAUCCCCAUCUGUAAUAAAACUCCUACAAUGCUAUGAGACUAUGGUCCCAGCUGCCUUGAGAUCACUAACAAGUUCUGGACUGAUUCCUUACCGUUUUCAUGAUCAUUGAAACUCCAUGAGGUGAGAUCUUGCAAGGAGCACCAGACUAAGGGAGACUGACAGUUAUUUUGUUUCUUCCAUUUGCGAAUAAUCGCACCAACUGUUGUCACCUCCUCACCAAGCUGCUUGGCGAUGGUCUUGUAGCCCAUUCCAGCCUUGUGUAGGUCUACAAUCUUGUCCCUGACAUCCUUGGACAGCUCUUUGAUCUUGGCCAUGGUGGAGAGUUUGGAAUCUGAUAGAUUGAUUGAUUCUGCGGACAGGUGUCUUUUAUGCAGGUAACAAACUGAGAUUAGGAGCACGCCCUUUAAGAGAGUGCUCCUAAUCUCAGCUCAUUACAUGUAUAAAAGACACCUGGGAGCCAGAAAUCUUGCUGAUUGAUAGGGAAUCAAAUACUUAUUUCACUCAUACAUGCAAAUCCAUUUAUAACUUUUUUUACAUGAGUUUUCCUAGAUUUUUUUUUCGUUAUUCUGUCUCUCACUGUUAAAAUACACCUACCAUUACAAUUAUAGACUGAUCAUUUCCUUGUCAGUGGGCAAACGUUCAAAAUCAGCAGGGGAUCAAAUACUUUUUUCCCCCACUGUAUAUAAUUUUGUUCAGGAGAAACAGGGCUUUCAUUUCAUUUCACAUAUUG